CGUGGGUCGUCGUGGUGGGGGGAAGCUAGUUUCGUGUUUUGUUUUUUAAACUCUGGAGGGUUUUCAUUAAACCUUUAGACGAUAGUUUGUGAUGCGGGGCGAAGAGUCGUCGGAUUCGGAGUCCGGCAGGAUGGAGGAGAGCUCGGUCCGGAGGAGUCUGGAGACGUUGUGUCAGGAGCUGAACAUGGACGAGCACACAGCCACUGAAACCAUGGACAACUUCACUGCCAUCUGGAACACGUACACACUGGAGGGAGAGGUGGUCCACUGGUUGGCCUGUUCGCUGUAUGCAGCCUGCAGGAAGGGCUCCACCCCCACAGUGGGUAAAGGGCUGAUGGAAGGAAACUGCGUCUCGCUCACCAGGAUCCUUCGCACCGCAAAGCUGAGCUUGAUCCAGUUCUUCUCUAAGAUGAGAAAGUGGGCCGACAUGUCCAACCUCUCGCAGGACUUCAGGCUGCGCAUGGAGCGGCUGGAGCGCAACUUUGAGGUUUCCACGGUGAUCUUCCGCAAGUUUGAGCCCAUCUUCAUGGACAUGUUUCAGAACCCGCAGGGAGGAGAGCCGCCACGGCAACCACGCAGCAGGAAACACAGACGGCUGCCGUGUCACAUCAGCGAUGUGUUCAAGUUCUGCUGGACUCUGUUUGUCUACACCAAAGGUAACUUCCGUAUGAUCGGUGAUGACCUGGUGAACUCGUACCACCUGCUGCUCUGCUGUCUGGACCUGGUGUUCGGCAACGCUCUGCUCUGCGCCAACAGGAAGGACCUCAUCAACCCGACGUUCAGAGGUCUGCCCGCUCUGUACCGCGCUGACGGCCACGUGUCACUGGACGAGCCUCCUCCGUGUGUGUUGGAGAGGUUGUGCGAGCUGCACGACGGGCUGGUGGUCGAGGCGAAGGGCAUCAAACAGCACUACUUCAAACCCUACAUACAGAAACUAUAUCAGAAACAGAUCCUGAAAGGCAACGAGCAUCAUUUGACAGAACUGUUGGAUCCUCAGAGCUUCAUUGACAACAAUAAAGCCAUAAACCGGGAGUACGAGGAGUACGUGUUGACGGUGGGAGACUUCGAUGAGCGAGUGUUUCUGGGAGCUGACGCUGACGAGGAAAUCGGGACUCCGAGGAAGAUUGUUCAGGAACCGUCUGCAAGCCAGACCAACGCUCAGAGCCAGCUGCAGCAACAUGUAGAGAAGUCGGGCUCUCUCGCUCCCUCCACCCCGCUGACGGGACGAGUGUACCUGAAGGAGAAGGAUCUGCUCGUCACGCCCGUCUCCUCUGCGACGCAGAGUGUCAGCCGGCUGCAGAGCAUGGUGGCCGGGCUGCGGACGGCUCCCAGCGACAACCUGCUGCAGAUCUUCAGGUCGUGCUCCAGAAAUCCCACAGAGUCUCUGCUGGGCAGAGUGAAGACACUCGGACAAACCUUCAAAGAACAUUACACCAACGACUCAGAAGACAUGCCCGGCUCUCAUAUAGACUUUGCAGAGAAUCGUCUGAAGCUGGCUGAGAUCCUUUACUACAAGAUCCUGGAGAACGUCAUGGUGCAGGAGACCAAGCGGCUGCACGGCAAAGACAUGAGCGUGUUGUUGGAGCAGGAUAUCUUCCACUGCUCCCUGAUGGCGUGUUGUCUGGAGGUCGUGUUGUUCUCCUACAGCUCCCAGAGAACCUUCCCCUGGAUCAUCAACAUCUUCAAACUGACCCCGUUCUACUUCUUUAAGGUGAUCGAGGUGUUUAUCCGCUCAGAGGAAGGCCUCUCCAGAGACAUGGUGAAGCAUCUGAACCUCAUCGAGGAGCAGGUUCUGGAGAGCAGAGCGUGGAGCGCAGACUCUGCCCUGUGGAGCGUCCUGCAGGCUGCUGGGAACAAAGUCCCCACGGUGGAGGAGGUGAACUUUUCUUCCAGUCUCGACACGGGUUCAGGUCCUGGUUCUACUUGCGGAGGUCCGUCCCACCUGCCUCUGCUCACCCUCUCGCCCAUCAUCCACCCCCGCAUCAGGGAAUUCAGAUCAGGCCUGGGCAGCGCACGCAAAGAUGUGCCUCCCUCUCCGCUGUCGGUGCAUGACAGGUACAGCUCCCCUGCUGCUGGCAGCGCUAAACGCCGUCUCUUCGGCGACGACUCUCCAGCAUCAGGAGCGACGCUCACCCUCAGUCCGAUGUCGUCGGCCAAACGGUUGACGUUCAGCUCGAGCAGCACGCUGAGGAUCGGAGGUCACGGCGGCCAGGCCACCGUGCUCAGCAUCCCUCUGCAAGGGCUGAACAACGACCGCACGAUCACGCUGAUCCCGGUUCAGCCGUGCGACUCCUCCGGCACCAUCACCGCUCAGUUCCUGCUGACCGCCUCCCCGAGCCGCGCCGUCGCAGCACCCGCGACCUCCGACCCCCAGACAGGAAACGGACGGCCGCGACGCACCGGAUCACUCGCUCUGUUCUUCAGGAAGGUGUAUCACCUGGCCAGUGUGCGUCUGAGGGAUCUGUGUGUGAAGAUGGACGUGUCGUCGGAGCUGCGAGGGAAGAUCUGGACGUGUUUUGAACACUCGCUGGUCCACUGUACGGGCCUGAUGAGGGACAGACAUCUGGACCAGCUGCUGCUGUGCAGCGUUUACAUCAUAUCCAAAAUCACCAAAGAGACUCACACCUUCCACGACAUCAUGAAGUGUUAUCGCAGCCAGCCACAGGCCAGCAGCCAUGUGUACCGCAGUGUGUUACUGCGUCACACUCCCAGAGAACCGGGGACAGACGAGAACAUGGAGGUGGAUCCGGUUUCGGGCGGCGAAUCUGCAGAGAAAACCAAUCAGCUCUCCGGAGAAGCGAACUCCGACCAAUCAGGGGAGGAGGAACGCGGUGACCUCAUCCAGUUCUACAACAGCGUCUUCGUCCUGAAGAUGAAAAGCUUCGCGCUGCGUUACGCCGUCCACGAUAACCGGGCCGACGCCCCCCCGCUCUCUCCGUUCCCGACGGUCCGUGCUCAGCCUCUCUCUCCUCGCCGUGUUUCCCAGAGACACUCGCUGUACGUGUCCCCUCACAAGAACUCUGCAGGCUGCCUCACGCCGAACUCCUUCACCUACAGGAUCAACAGCAGCCCGUCCAAGGAGUUAUCCGACAUCAACCGGAUGAUCCGGCAGGGCUCUGUGAGCAGGAAGAGGGCGUUCACCAUGGAGGGGGACGUGAUGAUGUCAUCAGCCUGCGACUCCCCCAGUAAGAGGGCGUGUCCGGAGAACGGCAGCAGUCCGGACGUGCUGCUGAAACGGCUGCAGGACGUCGUGUCCGAGCGGCAGAGUCACUGACAGACGGACAAACACGUAAAGUAAUGAAUUCACUUUCAUUACAGAACGUUUCUCACGUUAAGAAGACAAAAGGUUUGAGACAUUAAGAACCUUCUCAUCUCUGACGUUUACAUUUGACCUGAUGUCAAAGAGCCUGAGCAGCAACCUCAGUGAUGUCACCGCCCGGGAAGUCUGGCUGAUGCCAACGGUCAUAUCUAGAAUGUGAUAUUUGAGCCACAUCAGUCGCCCUGACCUCUGACAUACUCUUCUUAACUUUCAUACCACAGAUGCAUCUGAACACAUGUUGGUGUCGAGACUUUCAUUCACGGAGGAAACCAUGGUUUGCAGCCGCUUCAGUCUGUGUCGUACUGUAGGAACGUUUAAAUACCGUAUUAGGCUGAAGAUUACACAACCUGGGACGUCUUCACUCUCUGCUGUCAGACUUGAAGCCGUCGAAAUCAUUUUCUCUGGCACGAAGUGUUUAGCAGACUUCAGUCCUUUUUGCAGUUUGACUGAAGCGUAAACUCGUUUUCACUCGACAGGAAUUUAAUUUCAGCAGCAAAACAGAAACCUUUCGUAGGUUGAACUGGACUCACUAAACACUUUACGCUCCCAGAAACUCACUUUAGACGGACAGUGUGGAUGUUUUGAAGUUGAGUUAAAUGAGGUACUUGGCUGUAGUUACCUGCAGUAGAAACAGACAUGCUUCCCUCACGGAAGGAAAGUACGGAGGCUGCAGCAAAACGUAUUUUAGCCACGUAAAGAAAUCAUUCAGUUUAAGUGUGCGCUGUAUUUAAUUCAAAGCCACCAGACUCCAUUGACAAAAACAGUGAU